CUGACAGGGUCACAAAUUUUCAAGUUGUCUGGAACUGUGCAGGGACGCUGUUGUUUGUUGCGUCUCCCGGUUCAAAUUCCUCGCAACAACAUGGAAGAGCCUGAGAAAGGCUCCUCACCGACAAAACCGAAGUGGCCAUUCGAAAAGCAAGUGUGGUUCAAGACGUCUAUGCUCGGAAAACGACGGGUGCCCGUGGAACCGAUGAAAAACAAGUGUCGGAAUCUGUUACAGUUGGCCCAGGGGAGGGUGAUCGCUAGAGAUCCCGAUAUCAGCACUAAGACUAAGGAACUGCUCAUCGACACAUCAGAAGAGAUCCUUGCAAGCCUGGACAAGGGCCUCCAACUUCGGGUUCUCGACCCUGAGAAACUGCAGGAUCUCAUGAACAAGAACAGACCACUGGCGAAGCAAGUGAGAGAAAAGUGUGAGCAGUUGGAACACAGCAUCAAGAGGGCAGAGAUGCUUCGGGACCAACUCAAGCAGCAGUACGAACAAGAAAAUAGGGACAAGACUGGUGACCAACAGUCGGCCGAGGGCUCACAUGCGGGAGAUUCACCUGACAAUCUGUGACCAAGGCCACAAUUCAAAAGCUCCAUUGUCUCCUUCAUAGGCAUUCAUUGUGGUCACAGUGCAAGAUUACCCAGCUCUCCACAAAUUGGCUCAUUGUGAUGCCAGAACAAAUUAUUUUAUCUGCGUCUGAUAUGAGCAUCAUCAUUGUGCUGUUUUUAAAUGGUUAAUUCAAAUGCAGCUUGCUGGCUUGUUGUUCCCCUUGGUAGCAACGUGUAAUGAGCCUGCUCAGCUCAAAUUAACUCCUGUUGUGCUAGUGCUAGUAAAGUGUAUUUCAGUUGUUGAUAUUAUUUUGCUAUUAUUUUACUAUUUUAUUUCAUUGUUACUUCUACUUGAAUGUUUCUCUACUUGGCUCUCCAAAAAUGAAUUUUGCUUUGUUGUAAUAAAGAAGGGCACAGUACAACUCCAAUUGCCCUGAGCAUGAUACCUAA